AUGGGGGAAAAAUACACGUUUAGUAUUGAUGAUGCCAUGAAAACCCCUAAUGAUGCUGGAAAUGCUUAUUCUAUUGAUAUGAUUGACCCUCUCGUCCAAGAAUUUCUUGAGACUGAAUUCAUGCAGGAUAAGUUGGAGUUAGCUAUGAUGAAGAGCUGGACAUAUAUUGAUGCCCGAGGGAUGGACGAUGCAGAGAUUAAGGAGGCUAUCAUGUCACUUCAUGCUCAAUCGGAAUUGGUCAGUUCGGGAAGCCAGUUCAGUUUGCCCAAACAGACACCGUCGGACAGACCGCUGAGAUCCGAUGAGAAGCCGACGGAGUUAGAGCUCAAGCCCCUUCCUGCAAACUUGAAGUAUGUCUACCUAGGGGAAUCUGAAACUCUCCCAGUGAUAAUCAGCCGCCACUCAGGAGGAGCAGUUGAUUGUCGUGCUCAGACGGCACAAGAAGGCCAUAGGGUGGACUUUGGCAGACAUCACCGCAAGUGGGUGAGUCUGAUUCACAUGGUUCCGAAAAAGUCUGGAUUGCAAGUGGUUGAGAAUGAGAAGAAUGAGUUGGUGCCGAUGCGUCUUGUUACUGGAUGGCGCAUGUGUAUCGAUUACCGAAAGCUGAAUGCUGCCACUCGCAAGGAUCAUUUCCCGCUUCCACUUAUUGAUCAGAUGUUGGAGCGCCUAGCUGGACAAGCAUUUUUUUGCUUCUUGGAUGGUUAUAGUAGAUAUUUUCAGAUUUAUGUCAACCAAGAGGAUCAAGAGAAGACUACUUUCACGUGCCCGUUUGGAACCUUCGCAUGCAAAAGACUGUCGUUUGGACUGUGUAAUGCGCCCGGCACUUUUCAGCGAUGCAUGAUGAUCAUCUUCUCUGAUUUGAUCGAAAAGUGCAUAGAAAUCUUUAUGGAUGAUUUCACAUGUCACUUUAUGGUGAACGAGGGAAUUGUCCUAGGCCAUGUUGUCUCAGAAAAGGGGAUUCAAGUCGACAAAGCCAAGGUGGAGUUGAUAGCCAAGCUGCCAUACCCGAGGGACGUUAAGGAGAUCAGAGGUUUUCUCGGAAACGCUGGAUUUUACAGGAGGUUCAUCAAAGAUUUUGCAAAGAUCGCGCAACCGUUGACCCGUCUGCUGCAGAACGAUGUUCUGUUUGCCCUAAAAGAUGACUGCAAGUAG